CUACUGAGUUUGUUUGUACUUUGUAUUAGAAAAAGACAGAUUUUCUUUUUAAAAGAAGAGAAAAGAAACCGACUUGUUAGAAUCUGUAUUUUAAUUUGUUGAUCAAAACAAAGCUUAUACGAAUCCGAAAUUUUGAUGGUUCUAAUUGAUUUGCAGGUUACUUAUUGGGGAGUUUAUCCAUUGUUAUCUCCUCAAUUGACUACGAGUUUGUAUCAGAUAAAUGUAGUGUCUUGAACUUUUAGUUUAUUACGGUGUCUGGUUAAUUUUAGAAGAUCCUAGGUGGUAAUAAGGUUGCUGGAUUUUGAUUUUGAUUUGGUACUAGUUGUAAAGGAUAUUGGAUUUUUAUUUGACAGUCAUUGAUGAUCGAGAGAAAGGCAAUGGGGCGUGCUUCACCAUUGCUUUUUGUUUUAUUGGUUCUCGGCUUUUUCUUUGCCACGUAUAAUCUAGUUACCAUGAUGAUGCAAAAUAGAUAUGUUGGAAAAUGGACGGAUGUUGGUUCAGAUCGUGAAGUGUUUAUUGAUCCUGUUAUUGAAAGGCCUGAAGAUGCCAAGAAAUCAACAAAUGUCAAAAUGCCAUUUCAUGUUGCCUUAACAGCUACUGAUGCUCCUUACAGCAAAUGGCAAUGCCGCAUCAUGUAUUACUGGUAUAAGCAGAAAAAGGAACUUCCUGGUUCGGACAUGGGGGGAUUCACACGGAUUUUGCACUCGGGAAAACCUGACAAUUUGAUGGAUGAGAUUCCUACUUUUGUAGUUGAUCCUCUUCCAGCCGGCCUUGAUAGGGGUUAUGUAGUCUUAAACAGACCUUGGGCUUUUGUGCAAUGGCUGGAAAAGGCUACAAUUAAGGAAGAAUAUAUACUGAUGGCAGAACCUGAUCACGUAUUUGUAAAUCCUCUUCCGAAUUUAGCACAUGGAGAGUAUCCAGCCGCUUUCCCAUUUUUUUACAUUAAACCUGCUGAGAAUGAAGAGACGGUGAGGAAGUAUUACCCGGCAGAGAAAGGCCCUGUUACAAAUGUUGAUCCCAUUGGCAAUUCUCCUGUCAUUAUCAAGAAGGAAAUGCUCGAGAAAAUUGCGCCUACAUGGAUGAAUGUUUCUCUGCAAAUGAAAAAUGACCAAGAGACUGAUAAAACAUUUGGCUGGGUGCUGGAAAUGUAUGCAUAUGCUGUAGCGUCAGCUUUGCAUGGCGUUCAGCACAUUCUCCGGAAAGACUUUAUGCUGCAGCCCCCUUGGGAUUUGGAAAUUGGAAAAAAGUUUAUCAUUCAUUAUACUUAUGGAUGUGACUACAAUUUAAAGGGUGAGCUAACAUAUGGUAAAAUCGGAGAGUGGCGAUUUGACAAGAGAUCCCAUCUACGCGGACCUCCCCCGAAGAAUAUCCCGUUGCCCCCUCCAGGGGUUCCUGAAAGUGUGGUGACUCUUGUAAAGAUGGUGAAUGAAGCUACUGCCAACAUUCCCAAUUGGGACACAUAGUUGAUGCCACUUAUCACUGCCCCAGGUGAAUGUAACUUUCAUUUUUUAGAUGCUCAAAUUUUGAUCUUUAGUUCUUGAGAAACCUCAGGUUAAUCAUUUUCAUUAAGGAAUAGAGAAAUAUAGAUGUAAAAUAUGAAAGUUGUUUCAUUUCUCAAUCUAGAAUUAGUUCCCUUACUAAGAA